AUGGAGAAAAGUAUAUUUAGAAAGUUUUUUAGUUUGAUUUUUGUGAGAGAAGAUAAAACUAUGAAGCCUAUUCUACUCAAAUGUGGUUUGGCUUUCGCUCUUACCUUUGCCGGUUUUCUCUAUUCGAAUUAUAGAGCUAGAAGGAUCAAGUCUUCCCCCAAAGAUCACCGCUCUUCAGGUCAUGGGAGUGAAGUUAGUUUAGGAGGUAUUAGAGCUUCGUCGAGUUCUUGCAACAUUCAUUCAGAAGGAAGCAAUUUUGACGCGGAAGAAAAAUGCAUCAACAAGGUUGUAUGUAGAAGUUCUUCAACCGGUGUGUCUCCAAGAACUAAACAUAAUGGAGAUAAAGAUGAGUUUCUCGUCCCCGAAAUCAACGAUUCUUCUGUUACAUAUUCGAGUCUCGAGAAAGAUGCUUAUGAGCAAGAAAUCAGAAAACUGAGGAACAAGAUCAUAAUGCUUCAAGAGAGGGAAAGAACUCUUGAGGUUCAACUUCUUGAUUACUGCGGUCUAAGGGAGCAAGAAACAGCUGUAAUGGAGCUUCAAAACCGAUUGAAAAUAAGCAACAUGGAGUCGAAAAUGUUCAAUCUAAAGGUCGAGACGUUACAGUCCGAGAAUAAGAGAUUAGAGGUACAGGUUGCAGGUCAGUUAAAACUGCUCGCUGAACUCGAGGCUUCGAAAACAAAAGUGAAGUUUUUGAAGAAGAAAAUUAGGAAUGAAGCUGAACAGAAUAAGGAACAUAUCGUAAAUCUUAAACAAAAGGUUACCAAGUUGCAGGAGCUUGAAUCUAAAGCUGUUGCGAAUGAUCAAGAAAUUCAAAUGAGGCUGGAAAAGCUAAAUGGUCUUGAGGCUGACGUGGAACAAUGUAGGAAAUCUAGUUUGAGAUUACAGAAGGAAAAUUCUGACUUAGCUAGAAGAUUGGAAGCUACUCAGAUCCUUGCGAAUUCUGUUCUUGAAGAUCCUGAAGCAGAUGCUCUAAGGGAAGAAAACGACCGUCUGAGGCGAGAGAACGGGGAAUUGACGAAAGAACUUGUGCAACUAAAAGCGGAUAGAUGCACAGAUGUCGAAGAAUUAGUUUAUUUAAGGUGGCUAAAUGCUUGCUUAAGACAUGAAAUGCGAAACUAUCAACCCCCAUCUGGUAAAACAGUUGCAAGGGACUUAAGUAAAACCUUAAGUCCAGCUUCUGAGAAGAAAGCUAAACAGCUUAUACUUGAAUAUGCAAAUGCUGAAGGAAGAAGUAGCAUUUCUGAUUUGGAUUCUGAUCAAUGGUCCUCUUCACAAGCUUCUUACGGCGAGUGUGAAGAGUAUUUUCCUCACGAUACUUCAUCCAAUGCACGAGUCAGCAACGCCACAAACAAGUCGAAGAUCUUUGGAAAACUUAUGAAGCUAAUGAGAGGAAAGGAUAGUAGCAGUAAUCUCGGUAGUAGACGUACGUCUUUAGAAAAAUCUAAAUCUAUAGGAUGUAGCCUUAACAUUUCUCCACAUGAUAUUGGAGCCGAUGGUCUUAGGAGUGAGUACGAAUCUCUUAACGACACAUCUCAAAAUUCUAUGGAUUUAGAACGAACGUUGAGUAUGAAGGAAGAGACUAGGAGAAAUUCAUCUGCUGAACGCUCAAAGAGUUUCUGUCCAAGGAAAAGUUGUUCAGGAGAUUUCAAAAUUACCAGUGACUUGUUCAAAUAUGCUGAAGCUUUAAAAGAUUCUAGUACUAGCGAAACUCCGAAACUUGAAAUACGUAGACGAUCAGCAUCGUAUAGUUCAUUUUAA